UUACAUCAAAUUCAAUAAAUAUCUAUUUAUUUGCUACUUAGAUAAAUAUCUCACCAAACUAAAGUCUCUUUCUUCUUGAUAUUUCAAGAAAAUGGCUUUACAUGCUGCUGCUUUGCUCCCUUCUGCAUUUUCUACUCACAAAGAGGGAAAAUCCAGUGCAUCUUUGAAGGAUUCUUGCUUUUUUGGAGUUUCACUGAUCUCAGACCAUGUCAAAGCUGAUAAGAGAGAAUUCAGCUCGAGAAAGUCACCGGUCCUCCGAGUGCAGGCGGUGGCCACCGCUCCGACGGCGACUCCGGCGGCUUCCCAAGGCAAGAAAACAAUAAGAAAAGGCACGGUGAUCAUCACCGGAGCUUCGUCCGGGUUAGGCCUAGCCACCGCCAAGGCCCUAUCGGAGAGCGGCAAGUGGCACGUGGUCAUGGCCUGCAGGGACUUCCUCAAGGCGGAGAAGGCGGCAAAAUCCGCCGGAAUGGCCAAAGAGAGCUACACCAUCAUGCACUUGGACUUGUCCUCGCUCGAUAGCGUGAGGCAAUUUGUCGACAACUUCAAGCGGUCGGGACGGCCGCUCGACGUGUUGGUGUGCAAUGCCGCCAUCUAUCAACCCACCGCUAAGGAGCCCUCGUUCACCGCCGACGGGUUCGAGCUUAGUGUCGGGACUAACCAUCUCCGCCAUUUUCUACUCUCGAGAUUGCUCCCUGAUGACAUGAAGGAGUCCGAUUACCCCUCGAAGAGGCUCAUUAUCGUUGGCUCAAUCACCGGGAACACAAACACAUUGGCCGGAAACGUACCACCAAAGGCGAACCUCGGCGACUUGCGGGGCCUACAAGGCGGUCUAACGGGCCUCAACACCUCAUCCAUGAUCGACGGUGGAGAUUUCGACGGGGCAAAAGCCUACAAGGACAGCAAAGUCUGCAACAUGCUGACGAUGCAAGAAUUCCACCGUAGAUACCAUGAGGACACGGGCAUCACAUUCGCCUCCCUGUACCCUGGCUGCAUCGCCACAACCGGGCUUUUCAGAGAGCAUAUUCCUUUGUUCAGGCUACUUUUCCCUCCCUUCCAGAAGUUCAUCACAAAGGGGUUCGUUUCCGAGGAAGAAUCUGGUAAAAGACUCGCACAGGUUGUGAGUGAUCCGAGCUUGACGAAGUCGGGGGUUUACUGGAGCUGGAAUAAGGACUCGGCUUCGUUUGUGAACCAGCUGUCGGAAGAAGCGAGCGAUGCUGCAAAGGCGCGUAAAGUGUGGGAAGUUAGUGAGAAACUUGUUGGUUUGAGUGAGUGAUUUACGGAUUUUUUUGCCACUAGAGGAAGGAUUUCGGAUUGAGAAACUUUUGUAGACGAUAACGUUUGUUGUAAGAUUCUUGUUAGAUUGUAAUAAAACAACUCGAUCCUUCGUUUUUUAGUUGUUGAGUUGACAAACACAAUUUCGUUUCGAUUUUA